CGCCGGUUUUAAGUAUUGAGAUCGUAAUAUGUCUUCGUACAAACCGACUGAAGAAGAAAAAGAGCGAUUUAUGAGCCGAGCGAUCGAGCUAAGCGACGAGGGACCGUCGAAUGGACAUGGCGGACCUUUCGGAGCCGUGAUUGUGAAAGGAGGCAAAAUAAUCGGUGAGUAAGAUUUAGGCGGUCUUUAAAAGUUGUAGUCGCCAGGCGGUAUUAAACCAAUGAAAUGUUGAUUGUCGGUAAUACAGUAUUUAUCCACAGUCUCCUUUUUAUCUGUGAAACCUGUUUUUUAAGAUUAGUCCUCAACGAAAUUUCAUAAUUGCGUGACGGACAUAACCCGUGAUCACUGGAUAUACGGGGUGGAGUGUGAAAGGCUAGGGAGAAUAGGGUGUUUUCAUUCCCGUGGCCAGCAUCUAUGCAAAUUUAUUGGAACAAAAGAAAGCGUUUGCAUAAGAAAAGCAUUCAACUCCCAAAGGAAUAGCUUGGGACACCAACAUGGCCGCUGUCACGUCAUGUGAAAACACUCUAUACUAUAAAUUAUGUAUUCAGGAGCCCAUAAGCCAUAACCAUAUGGGCUCCUGAUGUAUUUUAUCCGGCGCUAAAAUUAAGUUUUUUGGUACAAUUUUGACCGUAUGACCUUCCCUUAAAUUUCUCUCUCAGUCUCCGGCCAAAAUACGAAUGACGAGUUGGGCUUAAGGGCUUUUGCGUUAUUUUUAUUUUGGUGGGGUUUUGCCAUAUUGUUUUUCAAAGACCGUAUAAAGCGGUUUGCAGUUUUGUGUAAGUUUUUAUUGUGGUAAUCGGUAAAUACAGUGAUCUGCUUCCAGUUGUUUUGUUUAAAGAACAGUUUAGCAAGUCCCAGACAAGUCAGUCUGUUAAACUCUUUGUGUUGUCACGCAGCGCUCCUCCAUGUGGGGAGGAGCAUUACGUGAUAACACUGGAAUGGUCUAAAGCACUGUGGUUUGUUAUUGAAGCCUUUUCCGGUCAAUACCCUUAUAUGAUUAAUAACAUUAAUUAUCCAGUGAUAUAUGAACCCCUAGCCCUAUUUGAAUGAUCAACCCACCCAGAAAUUUUACCAUAAAUCCUCUAUUAAGCUCCCCCUCCCUCUUAAAUAGGCCCCCUUCCUAUAAUAGCCUCCCCUUUUUUCAGGGGAAGAAAGUUAAUAAGCCCUCCUUCUCUAUUAAGAUGCCCCCCACCCCUAAUUAUUCUUCUCUUACUAAUAAAUGAGAGACUGUAUUAAUCAAUCGUGACUGUAAAACUUCGUGUGGACUGAUCUGGGAUGGUUUAUUUACCAACUGGAAGUUCAGAUUCAAUUUGAUCCUCAGCUGCUAGCCUGCGCGCAAGCUCUAUGGGGUGCUCUGGCAGUGGGGUGGGAAAAGGAAGGAAAGCUUACAACCAUGUCUCAGGUAUUUGAAAUCCACCUCCAAUUCCCCUGUAGCUCCCCUUUGACUGAGCUGUCAGAUUUCCGCCAAUCAGCGCAAAGCGGAAAUGAGCACGAAUGUAAACAAACAUGAGCCAAGGGUAAUGGCGUCAUUACUAAUGUCAUCUCUGCCAAUCAGCAUUUCACAUCGGCUUUUUUGAUGGGGAUAUUCAAAUUCCAGAGACAUUGUUGCAAGCUCUUCUUCACUUUCCCACCCUGUCGCCAGAGCGUGACGGAGAGCUUGCUUGCAGGCUACUCAGCUGCAUGACCUCCAGCUUUCUUGUUCUUGAGCUUCUCCACUUUGUGUUCUAGUUCUUUAAAGAGAACUGAUAUCAUCGUCCCUUUUAAAUUAAAUAAGCCCUCCCUAUCAAAUAAGCCCCCCCCCCCUCAAAUGGGCUUUUACCUUCUUGAGCAGCAAAGGGGUGAAGAACCCUUUUAGUUUACAUCUGAGAUAAGAGAAGAAACAUGCUUUUUCUCUUACUUACCACACCACUUUUUUUGUGAAGAAAGAAGGAAGAGCCUCUGUAGUUAGUUUAAUGACUGACAUUGUGCCCCAAAGUUUACAGUUACGGCCGUCCAGUCACACUGGAUAUGGUGCUAUUCUGCAGAAAAAAGCCUAAGAAAAACUUACAGGUGAACUGCCAGAUACCAAAGGCUGUAGUGGAUUCCAUUUCCUCAAAUCUAAGAAAUAAAUAUCACCAUUCUAGGAAGUCUUUUUACUUAGGUGAGGGGUCUGCUUGUUGCACAUCCCAUGAUCUCAUGAGUCCCUCACCCUCUCAGGCAAUUCAUAGCAUUUAUAGUGCUUGCUUGGGAGGGUAGCCUGUGAAUACAGCCGUUUCUCUUUGCUCCUCGCUGCUAACAAUUCACCAGGAGGAACGUCUGCGACUGAGCGACAGAAAUUCCAUACUGAUGAUGUAAAAUCUGUCAGGAAUCUGGUCGGGAGCUCUGAUUGGUCGAUGAAGUAGUUAUAUUGUUUUACCUGUUGUUUAUGAAUGACAGACAGUAGACAAAAGGCCUCAUAGGUCAAAUGUAAACGUGAUGAAUCUACUACAAAAACAGUCAAUAUAUUUCCUAGAAUAUAUUCCUCUUUAGAAAAAGUAUCUGAGUUUUGCUGGAGCUCGUUCACAAAAGAUCACAAAACUUUACCAUAAUCGACCAGGAGCAACAUAAACUCAAACAAAUUUACAUUUCAUCAUAUGUCAUCAUAUGUCAUCAUAUGUCAUCAGUAUGGAAUUUCUGUUGCAGACGUUCCUCCUGGUGAAACGUUCCUGGCGGCAAGGAGAUACGAGAAACGGCUGUAUUCGCAGGCUAAGAGAUGGGGUGCUCAUCAGAAAAUUAAAAUAGAGAACCACUCUUGGCAUGGCUAUAUCAGGCUUUCUUUGACCCCUAAAGGAGACCUUACUGUACUAACCUAAAAAUGUCGGCUUUUAGUCCAAAACAUUCUGGGUGAGACCUAAAUCUCUAAGUGAGAUGUUUAGCAUCACCAUUACUUUUGUAUAUUAAUUCCCCCUGGGAAAUUGUGCAGUCAGGGCAGAUAUGAAAUGCUGGUAAGUAAACAGAGUGUAAAAACUACAUGACUGUUUUCAGGUGAAGGUUACAACAGAGAAAGUAUAGACUGUGACCCUACUGCUCAUGGAGAGAUGACUGCCAUCAGACAGGCUAGUAAGAACAUUAAAUCGUGCGACCUGAGUGGCAGUGAGAUUUACACAAGCUGUGAACCUUGUUCAAUGUGCACGUCAGCUAUCUGGCUUUGUAGGUGAGUUCUAGUAUUAAAAAGGUUAUUCUAGAGAGACAAAGGUUAUCCAUGUUUUGUUUUGUUUGUAGUCACUGCCACUGUAUGUACUCCAACAAUCACAAAUGGAACUGAAGUUGCAAAGUGCUUUUACUGUUGUCACGUAACUUGUAACAGGAGCGAGGAAAAUUCGAGAUUUCGUGACACCCCUCUUUUGUUGUUAUCAUCUUUUUUAUAAAGCCCUUGUUAAGUUUCGUGUACCUGUAUUCAGAGUGUUCUAAUACGAGGCCAUCUCCGAGUUCCAAAAAUUCUCUCUUUCAAAAAAAGGCAAAGUGCAAAACUUUUCUUUUGAAAAUGAGUUUUAAUUUGCACGAGAAGCAAUCUCGACCCAGAACUCUUCUGCGCAUGUAGAGGAGAGAGAUCAAGAGCGCAUUCCCAAACCCGUAAGCACUGGGGUCGAGAAUGCACGAGAAGAAAAAAUCAUUUUUGUGUUGAUGCCUUCGCACUUAGCCUCGCUUUGAAACAGAGGCUUGGGUCAACUCUGAAAUGGCCUAUUCACGUGUCGCAAGCGCUGCUCCCAGUAAUUAAACUGUGCAUAAAUUCAUAUUUAGAGAAAAGGUAUUGGGCGCUGGGUCAUCCUGCCAGCAGAACCUUUCUUUCGCUUGCCCGUUUUUGGCGUAUUCGAGAAAGACUCUGCAUGAAUCGAGUAAGUUCUUUGUUGAGCAUGCGUUGCAUGUUACUAGGAUACAACUUCAAACCCAGGCUUGGUACAGCGGGCUCUGUUAUGAACAUCGGUUCAUCAAUCAACGGAUGCUCGCACACAAAACCCAGUUUGACGAGAGAAAACAAGGGGUGGUUACCAUUUGACAGAAAAUUUCGUUAAUUCCGGAUUGAAGGUAAAUGGUACUGUCACUUUUCGGAAAUUCCAACCGAAAAUUGAAGAGUACAUUUUGAGGUAGUCCUUUCGUUCCGGUCAAUACGAACCAAACGGAAAAUGCUACGUAGACUCACGCUACACAAAUUCGCCCCUUUUUUGGAUUCAAACCGUAACGGAUGUGGCAAUUCUGCGGUAAACUGGUAAAUCGCUUAUCAUUAUGCUUUCGACACCCCAACCGGAUUUUUCUGUCAAAUAGUAAGCACCCAAGAUUGACCAGUCCAGAAAUUCGGGCUGCGGUUACUUCAAAGGAUUGACGUGAUUCAGGCAAAGCCUCCCGGCUUUCUCCGCGUCGAUCAAGAAGAGGGCAAAAGCAGGCUCUGCUCCGGCGCAGGGUGGCACUGGGUUUGCGUUUGAAAAUGCUUUCUUCCUUUUUCGCAAUCUAUUUUCUUAGGCUGGAUCGCGUUUACUAUGGUAAUCGCUUAAGUGAUACCCAGGACAUUAUGGACUUGACUCCUCUUGUCAAAGAUGUCGCUACUCCUAUUGAUCAGCGGUCUACUCCAGGAGAGCAAAUCAAAAGCAAGAGCAGGCAAGCGAAAGACGUCAUUAUAAAGUGGGCCAAUAAUCCAAACCUUAACGAAUAUUUGUUAACGAAGAUGAAAGAUGAAAAGGCACAAUAACUUACCGAACGAUUGUAGUGAUAUCUAUCUAACUAUAACAGAAGAUCGGCCGCCCAGCUACUAUGAGAGCGGAGAUAGUUUCAAAAUCUUCUCUUGAAUGUGAUCCCAAACCUGAAUAAAGUAAAGUUACCUUUCUU